UUGUCAUACAUCCCAACCGUUUUGGACUCACCACCUUAUAGGACGACAAAGACGACAGCCUCUCAAGUACAAGUAGAGUGUUCAACCGCUCGUGGAAGCAGCAUCUGCACUUUCUCAGCCCAAGACGCCACCAGAUUAAACCAGCACUAUCAUCGAUUCAAUGGCAAGCGACAAAGAUCCCAUCACCUGCCACGUCUUGGAUACUUCCGUGGGAAAACCAGCCAAAGGCAUCCGCGUGAAGCUUCAAGGCGGCCAUGCCCCGCUCAAGACCUUCGAAUCCUUAACCGACGAUGAUGGCCGCGUCAAAGCCUGGCUGCCAUAUUCCAGUGUCCACUCUUCAGGAGAUGUACCAAUGUACACCCUAGACGAUGUGCUGAGCGAAGUGGAAACUAAAUCAACUUGGACACUACGUUUCGAUACCGAAGGCUAUUUCGGCGAGGGCAAGACUUUCUUCCCCGAGGUUGUGGUCACGUUUAACGUCCUCAAAGGCCAACAUUACCAUGUGCCUCUGUUGCUAUCUCCCUACAGCUAUUCAACCUAUAGAGGGAGUUAAACGACAUAUUUCGAGAAACUUAAUCGGGCCAAAGGGAGAUGCGGUGUGAACCGCAUCUUAGAAUAUGGGAUAAUUCAGUUUGGGCCAGAUUUUAUUUACUUUGUGGAGGCAUCAUCAAUUGACACAAUGAAAAAAAAUUCAAACAUAACAUUUGAUACUAGCCAAAAAGUCGAAAUAGGGGGGGGCCAGACCUUCGUUUAGGACCUCAAUCUCAUAUUACCACCAAAUUGGAAAUCAACAAACCUUCCUAUC